CAGAGAGCCAUAAGCUCCUUGAAAUGAGCUUGUUGAGGUGUGAGAAGACGGAGAGAAAGGAAGAGAAAAGAUUAGUACAACAAAGGCUCUGGGAAGGGAAAGGCUGGAGAUAUUCUCCCGCUCUGCUUUUUGUAGGGAGAAGUGGAGAGUGUUUGACAGUUUCCCCUCCAGCGCUCAGUAGCAACCAGAGUCAGAGGGCUGCAUUUUCCUCUCUCCCCUCUCCAUGAGUGGAGUUACAUUAACGAAGUGAAACAGCACAACGCAACUGAGGAGACGCGCUGAAACAAGGAUAUAAACGUUUGGGUGUGGGGGGGGGGAGAGGAGGUGACCGGACGGGGCUGAAGUGAUGGAGGCUAACUCUAAAAAGCAUCGAUUUAGGAAGGGUCGCAGUGCCACCUUCAGCAUUGACGGCUUCAACAUCACCAUCGUGGCAAAUGAAGAUGGAGAGAGCUCCAGCAGACCCCCGGCCAGUUUUGCGCGCUCUAAAUCCCAGAGCGCUUUGUGGAAUGCCAUCACGGCGGGAAUGGGGAUCAAAGGCAAAGAGCAGAAGGUCCCCCUGAAUGACCCGCGGAGUCCCGAGGAGAUCCUGGCCGACGAGCUCCCAGCAGCAGACGAACCAGAUGCCACAGAGAAAACGGCCAUCAGAUUACGAUGUCUGGUGAAGCAACUGGAGAGAGGAGAAGCUUCCCUUGCUGACCUCAAGAAAAACCUCGAGUAUGCAGCGUCAGUCCUUGAAUCUGUUUACAUUGAGGAGACAAGAUGGGAAUCUCUCACUUCCCUGCGAUUGGUGGACACAGAAGAUGAGCUCAGUGACAUCCAGUCAGAGUCUGUGCCUUCAGAGGUGCGAGACUGGCUGGCCUCCACCUUCACCAGGCAGAUGGGCCUGAUGCUGCGGCGGAAUGAAGAGAAACCUCGUUUCCGGAGCAUCGUCCACGCGGUCCAGGCGGGAAUUUUUGUGGAAAGGAUGUACCGGCGUACCUCCAAUAUGGUGGGGCUCAGCUACCCUGCAUCUGUCAUAUCUGUGCUUAAGAAUGUCGACAAAUGGUCGUUUGACGUGUUUGCUCUAAAUGAUGCCAGUGGGGAUCACGCUCUUAAAUUCAUAUUCUAUGAGUUGCUCACAAGAUAUGAUCUCAUAAGCCGUUUCAAGAUUCCGAUCUCCGCGGUGGUGUCGUUCGUGGAAGCCCUGGAAGUCGGAUACAGCAAACAUAAAAAUCCCUACCACAACCUGAUGCACGCAGCUGAUGUAACCCAGACUGUGCAUUACCUUCUUCUCAAGACCGGCAUGGUGCAUUGGUUGACUGAACUGGAGAUCUUCGCCAUGAUCUUUGCGGCUGCGGUGCACGACUAUGAGCACACAGGGACCACAAACAACUUCCACAUCCAGACAAGGUCAGACACAGCCAUCCUGUACAACGAUCGCUCAGUGUUGGAGAGUCAUCACGUCAGCGCAGCCUACCGCCUCCUGCAGGACGACGAUGAAAUGAACAUCCUCUACAACCUCUCCAAGGAUGACUGGAGGGAGCUGCGGGCUCUGGUGAUCGAGAUGGUGCUGGCCACGGACAUGUCCUGUCAUUUCCAGCAGGUCAAGGCCAUGAAGAACUAUCUACAGCAACCUGAAGGAAUUGACAAGCCCAAAGCCCUCUCCCUACUUCUCCACACAGCUGACAUCAGCCAUCCAGCCAAAAGUUGGGACCUCCACCACCGAUGGACCACCUCCCUGCUUGAGGAGUUCUUUAGACAGGGGGACAAAGAAGCCGAACUAGGGCUGCCGUUCUCUCCACUGUGCGACAGAAAGUCCACAUUGGUUGCACAGUCUCAGAUUGGGUUCAUAGACUUCAUCGUGGUGCCUACCUUUACUGUGCUGACUGAUAUGAUGGAGCGAAUUGUCACUCCGCUUAUUGACGAGGCCUCCCACUCUGGUCUUUCCAGCUUUAGGCGUUCAAGUCUGAACAGUAUUAGCUCCGAUGAAACCAAGAGGCACAGUGUGAAGAGCAUGGGCUCUGACAGCGGCUCGUCUGGCCAAAGCUCCCUGCUGACGGUGGACAUGAAAAACUUCAAGGCCUUGUGGAACGAGGAGGUUUAUCAGAACAGGGAAAGAUGGAAAGCCCAGGCCACUAAAGAAGCAGAAGAGAGGGCUAAAAAGGAAGCGGAAGAGCGAGCUCAGGAGGAGGAGGCCAUGGAACCCCAGGAGGCUCAGACAGAGUCUGCACACCCCGAACAGAAGGAGAACAAAUCAGACAGCAAGGUGCCAGAGUCAGCAGAGGUCAGCAGAUCACCAGAUGGAAACACAGGGGAAGCGAAGCAGGCGAAGCCCCCUGGGAGCGCCACACACCAGAGUCCCCUGCUGCAGAACGGAGAGUUGUUAGAGGGGGCCGAAUCUCCAGAUGGUGAAGAAAACAACAACAAAGAAAUGAGCGAGGCAGUGAUGGAAUAACAGCGCCGAGGAGCAUCAUGGCCACCUUGAUUCUGCCCUGUCGCUACUUAAAGGUGUGACAGGUGUUGGACUCUGCUGCCCUCUACAGACCAUUGAAAAACUCACACCUUUGCUUCCUUUUGUGUUUUCAGUCCUUCAGUUGCUUUUAUCGUAUAAUAUGUUCACUGUUGAUCGACAGCCAGGUGCAUUAUUCCUUCUUUCCUCCUUACUUAAAAAAAUUGUAACACAAUUUGAUUUCCAUAAACUGAUACCAGUGAGGAUAAGACCUCCGACAAAGUUUCUAUUUGCAUUAGUUCAGCAUUCUUUUAUUUUACACUCAACUCAUGUAGCUGUUUUAUAAAAGUUCCACUUUCACCUUCUGUAUACAUCUAUAUUAGAUUUGUUUGAUGGGAGUUGGGAGAUUUGCUGCGUCUCACUAACACAUACGCUGACUUUUACAACACCCAUACUGCAUGUACAUAAUAUGUCUUCACGGUAGACUGUGGUUAAGGCCACAGGUCGUCACUGUCGUACUGUUUUACUACCACGUACUCCUUAAACAAACAUAUUCUAACUUAGACAACUAUUUUCCUUUGAGUGCUCCUUAUGGUUGCGAAAGCCACAAAAAAACCUACUUUGUGUGUGUUUACUUUCUUAUUGAUUUUCUUAAACUUUGUGCAAUUUGAAUGCAUUUGUAUUCCUUGCAGCCAGGGACAAUUUUUUUUGAUUUGGGUGUGUGUGUGUGUGUGUUUUCUCUCCUGUACAUAUAUUUAAUGUUUAAAUAUGGAUAUGGAGCAUAAAUCCAUCCACUGUCCAGGUAGGGAAACAUUUCCGAGAUACAAUGUAAGAUAAAUGUCGUAAAAUUAAUUCCAAAAAAUUAGAAAGCAGCUUUUUUUUUUU